AAUUUAAUAAAAAUCAUUGGAUGUGCAAAUGGUGUGGGUGGUAGGCAGUUGGGAUGUGAACAGGCUGCGGAUCUCAUGAAGAAUUCGACGAUUCUCAAGAACUGUAAAAUAAAUCAUCAGUGGACUGGAAUCAUCUAUGAAACACCCACUGGACGACAGAAGAAAGCGAUACCAGGUAUAACUGAAACGACACGGCACUUAGCAAGACUGGUGAAUGAGUCGUUGACGCAAAACAAUGAAACAGUGGUGAUAGGAGGUGACCACAGUUGUGCGAUUGGAACCUGGAGUGGAUUGUAUGCAGCAUUGAGCAAACAUCACGGCGAUAAGUCGGACAUCGGUCUGAUUUGGGUGGAUGCACAUCUCGACGCACAUACUCCUUUGACGAGUGAUACUGGUAAUGUUCAUGGAAUGCCAGUUGCUCAUCUGCUCGGUUACGGCGAUGAACGUUUGAAGUCGAUUUACGAUAAACAUCCCAAGAUCAAUCCAGCGAAUCUUGUUUUUAUCGGAUCGAGAAGUUUUGAACCCGCUGAAAUUAAAUUCGUUCAGUCAGUUGGUGCAAAGGUAUUUUAUCAGAGUGAUGUGGAUAAAUUGGGUAUUGAGAAGGUGUUGAACGAGGCGAUCAAGAUCGCGUCUAACAAAACGGUCGGAUUCGGGAUGAGCAUCGACAUGGAUGGAUUCGAUGUAAAGGAUGCACCUGCCGUGGGCACACCCGAACGCGGUGGUAUUGUCGCCAACCAAUUCAUCAACGCCUUAUCAAAGGCCAAUCUCAAAAAUCUUUUGUUAACCGAACUGGUAGAAUUCUUACCGCGAUUCGACAAAGACAAACGUACUGAGCAGUUGGUGGUGCGCCUCAUUGAAGCAAUAUACGGCAAUAAAUUAAGCACUCGUAAUUAA